GGAUCACGUGGUAGGAUAAAAAUACAUUCGUGACAUGUGCUCCGAUAUUUUUAUAUAUCGAACGGUGUAUGUACUUGCAUGGUAAAUUAAUUGAGUCAUGAACUGAGAUGAAUCAGACAAUCAGAAAUUGUUGUGUUUGCGGAAAGGACGGUGCAGCUUACAAAUGUCCGAGGUGCAGGGAAUUUUAUUGUUCUGUGGGAUGUUGCAGAGAGCACAAAACUCAACCUUGCGAGCCUCCAGUGUUACCUGAGAAACCCAAGGAAUAUCGAAGGGUCACUGAACGGAGGUAUGAUUUUCCAACGGAAGAUACAGUGCCUAUGGAGAAGCUGCGACAAUUGUGUGACAGCAAGGAACUGAUAAAGUGUCUCCAGAAUCCCUACUUGCGUGACAUUAUGAAGGCAGUUGUGGACAGUUCAAAUCCUACCGAGGCGAUCGCGUCAGCCAUGAAGGAGCCUAUAUUCUUGGAGAUGGCAGAUGCUUGUCUGCAGAUCGUGGAACCGCCAGACAAUGCUAAGCCAUGCUAAACAACUUCUGAAUGUACAUCGUUAU